AUAGCGGGAAAUCACAGCAGAGCAUCCCGCCUGCAGCCCAGUAUAAGAGCUGAACAAAAUUUCCUUUCUCAGACGAAUGGCGUUCACCUAUUUGCGCGUGCUUUCGCCAUCACGAGAUUUUUCCAAUUAUCCACCGACCAUGUCCUCCGCCGCAUCCUCGUCGCGCGAGUCCUCCCCCGACAACGCGCCGCUGGCAUCACUGAAAGCCAGCUCAUCCAAAGCCGCGCAAAAAGCCAAGAGCAAAGCCCCCGCCGACAAGGGCAACAGGAACGAGGGCUCCGAUCCACACUGGACGUACCAACCGCCUGCGAAAUCAGUCCGCCUCGAGAAGUCCGCGGACGUCGGAUCGUUCAGCUGGGAUGAGCUGAAUGGCAACGAUGACCUCGAGCUGUGGCUUGUGCGCAUUCCAGACGGCGUCAAGCCCAAGUAUCUCGUCGAUGCGCAGCUGGAUCUUCCUCCGAACACGAAACACGACGCGACAAGCAGCGCAAAACUGGGGGUUCUGCAGCGGAAGCACGUCGCGUACGAUAUCUGGUCUGUGGGCGAUGAUGCACCGGAAGAUAUGCCCAUCGGGGGCGAGGAAAUCAAGGGCAUAUCCUGCUUGUUACCCCGAAAGACUGGGAAGGGCGCAUUGUAUUCCGCUCCGCAUUCGAUCGCGAGAACUGUAGUCCUUUCCGCCCAGCCAGUCACACCCACCCUUGACUCUACCAUCCCCCCUAACACGCGCCCUGUGUUUAAAAACGAUCCACGGCAGAUACACCCGGAAGAGCUACUCACGCACUCUUUCGUCCCGUACGGCGCGGACUCAGCGAUGCAUGCGCCUCUCGCUGAACCGCGGCCCGAGACACCGCCAGCUAUGGAGGUUGACACGGAAGUCCUCGUUCCUGCCACACCAGACCAGCCGGUGAAGACGAAAAGCGAGAAGAAGGGCAAGGGCAAGAAACGCAAGGGCGACGAUGUUGUUGCAGAGGUCCCGACGAAGAAGUCGAAGAAAGCCAAGGCGACGGCAUGAACGCCAUUUC